GAAUGAUUAUCAUCGCACAUGAAAGCAAGCAGGAACCGUACGCCCUCACGCAGCGAGAAGGGCCUUCCACAAUCUUGCCUUCUGGUCCUGAAGUUCAUCUGGUGAAACAAGCGUCCUCAGCCACAGAUCAGCCAGAGCACAAGCAGGUCAGCCCUGUGGACGGCUCCUGGAAGGCAGAGCAAGACAGAAGGAAGGCGGCAGUAAUGAGGGGGUGCGCCGGCUGGAGGGAAGCUGUGUCAGACUACACGCCUUCCUCCUGGCAAGAGAUGACGUCCCUCCUGGUGGACGACAAGCACAAGGCGAUCUACUGCUACGUGCCGAAGGCUGCCUGCACGAACUGGAAGAGGCUUUGGAUGAUCCUGACGGGGUUAACCGAGGUGGAGGACCCGAUGGAAAUCCACAGCGGAAUCCCCCACCAGGUGCAUAACAAAAUGAGACUCGUGACCCAGAAGCUAACUAGAAGCCAAAUUCAAAAGAAGCUGGAGACCUACACAAAGAUGAUCGUCGUGCGCCACCCAUUCGAGCGACUCCUCUCAGCUUAUCUUGAUAAAUUUGUUGUAUCUGGGAACUCCUACUACAUGAAGAAUUUUGCACGCCCGAUCAUGAAGAAAUUCCGUGGAGAUGACAGCCAAGUGCCGGAAACAGGGGACGGGUUAACUUUUGGGGGGUUCGUCAGAUACGUCAUCAGCUUGAAGAAAUACAGUUAUUUCGACGAACACUGGAAACCGAUCUCGGAACUCUGCUAUCCGUGUGCUAUCCGCUAUGACGUCAUUGUCAAGUAUGAGACACUCAUCGAGGAUUCCGAAAGGUUCCUACGCCUGAUAGGAGCUCCUGCAGACCUCCACUUUCCACCCGCUAACCCAAGGAAUACCUCAAGAGUCCUCAAAAAAUAUUUCGCAGACAUCCCUAGAAAACAGCAGGAAGAUCUCUUCUGGGUAUACAAGAAAGACUUUAAGAUCUUUGAGUACGAUGCCAUAUAG